CGUCUCGUCAGUGCAGGGCACGCGAUCGUGCGACAGUGACCUAUUUUGCAUAGUUCCUCCUCCUCGGCAUCAUCAUUCGUCGGUGUGCUUACCAAGCAAGAUGUUGGUGUUAACUUUGUUCCUAACAAUCAUCUCCGUACAGAUCAUUGUAUUUAUGAUAGCGUCUUUCCCGCUGUACGUUUUGACCAACCGGAUAUCUCCAACCAAAAAAUCGAAUCUUUUAUUGGAAAGAAUCGACGGGGCUAUACCUACUCUACCCAUCACUACCUUUUGCAAUGUUACAAACGAUUGCGGGGAGUGUCGAGCUUUGACGGACGAAAGCGGCCUAAUCGAAUCUCAACAUUUCCCCAACGAAUACAGCGCCAAUUUGAGUUGCCUUUUCACCAUUAAGGCGCCUAUAGGAAAGAAUGUCCAGUUAAAGUUCACCGAGUUCAACGUGAACCAAUGCUGCGAUUUCAUCACCGUCUUUGACGGAUUAGCCAAUCCACUCCGGGUGGGCCUGAACGGUUACGAAAUUCCCGCCGCUCUGACCUCUCCGUCCAAUCAGCUGAUAGUCAAGUUCUCUUCCAAUAAUAACAUUGACAGUCCUAUUGACGCUUUGAGUAACACAUCGUCGACCGAUUUGGGGCCUGCAAGGUGGCAGGCGACGUAUACCUUCGUGUGACAAAGUCCUUUUGUGAAAAUGUUGUAAAUAAUCUAAUCAACUUUGAUUCCUAAAAAUUCUAGAAAAUUCUAACGUGUAAAUUAUAAACUUGUGAUGAAAUAAAUUUACAACUGACAAA